ACAUUAGACAUCAGCAUGACAACUUUGGAUUUGCACACUGUUACUUCCUCGCCCUGAUCUGACGCUCUAUCGUUUAUAUCAUCUGUACUUUUCUCUCCAUCUAUUUAUAUCCUAAGUUGGAGCCCCCAAGUUUCACACAAAUCAGUGCGGCAUUGCAAUUGUACCAAAAAGGUGAAAAAAAAAUGUCUCCGUCAAAUUCAACCAGAUGGUGUCCAACCCCAGAGCAGCUAAUGAUUUUGGAGGAAAUGUAUAGAGGAGGCAUAAGAACACCAAAUGCUUCUCAAAUACAAAGGAUCACGGCCCACCUUUCUUUCUAUGGCAAAAUCGAGGGGAAGAAUGUAUUUUACUGGUUUCAGAACCACAAAGCCAGGGAGAGACAGAAGCUAAGAAGGAAACUGAGCAAGCAACCAUACCAACAACAACUAUUACAGGAGCAGCUGUGCCUCCAUCGAUGCCAUAAUCAAGAAAACAAGUUUCUUAGCUCAAAUGAAUCUCCUCCUCCUGCUCUGCAUCAGCUAUCCCUCGACAAGUCAGCUGAUUAUCUUCAUCCGGGUGGAGUUGGCAGUGCAGCAGCACAUAUGACCAGCUGCACAUGGAAGAGGGAUCCUCCAAACAUGUACGAAUUGCAAAAUACUAGCAUGAUGAGAAGUUAUGGUGAUGAUUGGACGAUGAUGAUGUUGAAGAUGAGAGACGCGGGUCCUACUCAUUAUCCCUCUUGCUGCAGCAGUAAUAGACCCCUGAAAACCCUAGAACUCUUUCCCAUCACAACCCAAAAUGUCAAAGAUCAUCAGGCCACCACUUCCAACCCUAGCCGUAACUCAUACUCGUGAAAGUUGGAAAAGGUAUCCCAUAUAUGUAAUCAUGGCACGUCUUGCCUAACUUCAAUGGAUCACAUGUAACAGAAUAAUAAAACGGGCAGGUUGCUUAAUUCUGUGUAUUUCAUUGAGAGUUAGCUUUAGGUACGGCGUGUGAUGGAUGACAUUUAUGGGAUACCAUUUUCAUGACUUAUGACUUAUGUACGAUAAUAUCUUAUCUCUUUUAUUUUAUUCCUAUGUUG